AUGCUGUUUUCGGAUUUAUACAAAUCUCCAAAGUCGCCAUUGUCACGGCUGCGUCGAGAACCCCAGCCCAUACCACCGCCAUCACCUGACUAUGAAGUCGACCUAAUCAGCAAGGACAAGGUAAAACAGAAAGAGGCAGUGAAAAAGCACCUAGCUGCGAGGAUACGCAGUGACUGGGAGUUUAAAUGGCCCCGGCCGACUGAAGGUUCGCCUCCUACCUUCUCACCCCAUGGACUUGCGACCCCCCCCGAGGACAAGUCCGGGCCCCAUCAACAACCACCAAACCUUAAUGGCGCAAGCCGCCUGGACGUUGACGAUGUUGACUCGGAUGACGAGACUGCUUCGACAUACAGCACCGUGUCCGAUGAUCCAGUGCACUUUCAGCCUCGGGCCGAAUGGUCGUCGGAUAUCUCAGAUGAUGAUAUGCCAGCAUCGCCGUCAGCCUACCGAUUUGAUACCCCUGAAGCAGUUGGCUCCACGGUGAACACGUCGGCCUUGGUGAAGCGCGCUAAGAGGCGGAGGGCGAUGCGCGCUGAAGAAGCUUGGAAUCCCGGUCUGGCGUGCUUCAAUGCCCGGCGCAAUGCCUGGACGGGUGCGAAGACAGUUCGCAUCAAAUCAAAGUCAUCAUCCAACCCGACAUGUCCAUCUCAUUCAUCGCGGCGCCUCUCAUUCUGGCGCAUCACAAUUCCGACAUCCCCCACGACACCAUCAGGACACGCAGCAUCGACUACAUCACCCCUCUCCCCAAGUGUCACGCGGACAUCGGGUGAAACUACAGCAGUAGCAUCGUCUGAUGCUGAGUCCAAAGAGGCGGCCCCGAAGCAAGACUCGGCCAACCUCCCCGUGGAAACUCUGUUACCCAUCCCCCCGCCGCUGCUGCCUCCCGCCAACCCAAUGCGUGCUUCCAUCACACCCGCCACAUACUCUUCGAUCUACGACAAAAUAGUGGUCCAGUCCAUGACACCUGCUUGUCCCGUGAAUUUAGGCGACAUGCUGCGUGCUUGUGUGGUUGGGUGGAAACGAGAUGGCGAGUGGCCUCCUCGGCAGUCAGUCAUGGCGAACGCCGUCGUAGCCGUCCGUAAGAAGAAACGGGAGAGUAAUGCGAGCGCAAAUAGCCGCCCGAGUACAGGGAGGCGUAUGAGUUUCGGAUUCCUAGGUCGGAGAGAGAGUUCUGCGGGAGACCCGAAAGCGGGGCCGAGUGAUAAUCACGAGCACCAUGGGGAUGAUGGUAGCGGGACGGGCAAGGGCAUCAGGAGAAGUCUUCAAAGAGUACUCGGGCUAGGGCAUGAAAGGAGUGCUAGCAACGCGAGCAACAACGGCGGGGCAGCCUGA